UGCUUGAGCACUGCAUCCCAGCUCGCCCACGUCGAGUGCACGACCCCUCUAGAACCCCGACGUCACGACUGCCGCGGCUGUCUUUCAGACGUCUGCCCCGCGCGUCGCAGAUAUGCCAAGCAUUUGCGAUAUGAGACAGUGAGACGCUGCAUGGACACAGCCGAGGCAUGCGAGGCGCGAGGCACGUCAACACACCAUUACGAGGGCAUGCCGCGAACGUCAUCGAUGUGGCCUCAGCCACACUCCGCCUCCGUCCUUCUCGGUCUGACUGGGACCACUGGGCUGCGCAAUGUAUUAAAGAAGUCUGCGCAUCGAGGGAGUGUCCCCAUCUGUUUCCUCCCUCGCUCGCCGCCCUCUUUCUCUGCCGGACUCGACUCCCAGCCUGCCACGCCCCUCCCCCACCUCCAUCCCUCAUGUCCCUGUGCGACCGCCCCCUUCCGCACGACGACCCGCGUUACUACCUCCCUCUACCUGCAUUCCGAGCGUCCGUGUCGCCCCCGCCGCGCGCGCGGCUCAAGGACGAGGCGCGGACACGCAGAAACGGGCCGCUCCGCAUUCUCGCGGCGCCGAGCGUUGUCUGUCGCCGCGAAUCACUGGGGAUGGGCGUGCGCGCGUCGCCGGCGCUUCUCCUCCCCUGAUCCGAAUCGUCAGCUAUCGUGAGACUGGCGGAGGCCAAGAAUCUCGCCCUUUACCCCGCAACAUGUUGUCGUCGUGGCUUUCAUAAUCGCAUGCAAUGCAAUGUGCGGUAUCUCCACAGUGCGGCUGCCUGGUGGAGUGGCGCGUUCGGAGA